CUCUCUGGACUGAUCUCAGCGGAUCUCUGUUCUCCUUUUCUGCUGGAUUGUGUAACAUGGACGAUCAUUUCUCUUUAAAUCUGACAGAAAUCAACAGAAAAUUUCAAACUGCGUUUUAAACUUGCAGGUCACUCCAGUUUGAAUCUAUCGUUUGCGGCGGCUCCCACGAGACGUGAGAGGAUAUAUAGUCGCAUAGCACGAGUCACACAGUACAGAAAACCCUCCAAACGGACCAUAGUCACACUCAUACGCAGGUGCGGCUCCAUGGACUUAUGCGUCACCAUCAAAGGCAUCUCCUUCCUCUUGCAGGCAGGACUGGGCAUCCUUGGCAACGUCAUGGUCCUGCUGGCAUAUGUCCACAUCGCACUGACCGAUCCCAACCUGCAGCCCGUGGACAUGAUUCUGUGCCACCUGGCCUUCGCCGACCUGGUCCUGCUGCUGACCCGUGGCAUCCCGCAGACCAUGACCGUGUUCGGCCUGCAAAAUCUGCUCGACGACGCCGGGUGCAAGGUGGUCAUCUACACGUACCGCAUCGCCAGAGCCCUGUCGGUCUGCAUCACCUGCAUGCUGAGCGUGUUCCAGGCGGUGACCGUGGCGCCUGCGUCCGGACCGUACCUGUCUAGGUUAAAGGCCAUGCUGCCGGAGCUGGUCUUCCCCACCUUUGUGGCACUGUGGUUGAUAAACAUAGCCGUCUGCAUAGCCGCCCCGUUCUUCUCUGUGGCCCCUCGUAAUGGUACCGUCCCCCCGUUUACACUCAAUCUGGGCUUCUGCCACGUCGACUUCCGCGAUAACUUGUCCUACGUCAUUAACGGCAUUGCCGUUUCGGUGCGAGACUUCGCUUUCGUUGGUGUGAUGCUGGGCUCCAGUGUCUACAUCCUGGUCCUCUUGCACCGCCACAGCAGGAAGGUGAGAGGCAUCCGAAGGGUACAGGGCGGCACCAUGGAAACGCGGGCGGCCAAGACGGUGGUGAUGUUGGUGGUUCUGUAUGCAGUUUUUUUUGGCCUGGACAACGUGAUCUGGAUCUACAUGUUGACUGUGGCUCAGGUGCCUCCCGUGGUGGCUGAUAUGAGAGUGUUCUUCUCCUCGUGUUAUGCGUCUCUCAGCCCGUUCCUCAUCAUCUCCUCUAAUAAGAAGGUCAAAGCGAGGAUGGUGUGUGCAGCCUCGGAUCAAGCAGUGGACAACAGGGACUCGAAUGUUAAAAACUGAUCAUGACACAGAGCUCUAGGUCUUAGUAAAGACUUAUACUGGGUUAAACUGGGAUGAAACUGCAUGAUGUCCAUGUGUCUGAAUUGCAUUUGUGUUUGAACAUGUUGAAUGUUAACAAAAAUAAAAUUUUCAUGCACACCGUUGAAAACACUUAUUUUGACAUGUGUGCGGCGUUUCUGCGGAAUGACUUUUAUUUUGACGCUUUG